CACGCUGCUGAUGACAGACUGUACUUCGUCCUCACCGGGUCGCUGGUGCAGCCACUCAACUCCUCAUGCAUACUCCACGCAGCCUCACAGAAACCGCCUACAACGCCUCCGUGGAAGGAUUUAAUGUUACGUUCGUGUUGGAAUAACUUUCCUACCCUUUUUUGCGCCUCUUGGGUCGCUUUCGCCCCGUCUUCUACCGCCGACAGUUUACAAUCGAAAAGCUUCACGAUAAGGAAAAAGACAACGGAGACAAAAUGCCGCUGAAUUCAAGUUUCGCAAGUAAAAACUAUGACUACGAUUACGACUCUCUGCAACCGUAUUUCUACUACGACAACGAGGAGGAGGAUUUCUACCCUCAGCAGCUUCAGCCUCCGGCGCCGAGCGAAGACAUCUGGAAGAAAUUUGAACUGCUGCCGACCCCUCCCCUCUCCCCGAGCCGCCGGCCGUCCCUGUCAAGCCUCUUCCCCUCCACGGCGGAUCAGCUGGAGAUGGUGACCGAGUUCCUGGGCGACGACGCGGUCAACCAGAGCAUCAUCUGCGACGCGGACUACUCCCAGACCUUCCUCAAGUCCAUCAUCAUCCAGGACUGCAUGUGGAGCGGCUUCUCCGCCGCGGCCAAGCUGGAGAAGGUGGUCUCCGAGCGGCUCGCCUCCCUGCACGCCGCGCGUAAGGAGUCCUCGUCCUCGGUGGGCGACUGCUGCGCGGAGCCCGCCGGUGCGGCAGCGUGGCGGCUGAACAGCAGCUACCUGCAAGACCUGAACACGUCCGCGGCGGAGUGCAUCGAUCCGUCCGUGGUUUUCCCGUACCCGAUAGCGGAGACGCCCAAGCAGAGCGCGGCGACGCCGCCCAGUAAGGAUUUGGGACUGGACACGCCGCCCAACAGCGGCAGCAGCAGCAGUUGUAGUGACUCAGAAGAUGAGGAUGGAGAUGAGGACGACGACGACGACGAUGAUGAUGAUGAUGAGGAGGAGGAAGAGGACCAGGAGGAUGAGGAGGAGAUCGACGUGGUCACGGUGGAGAAGAGGCAGGCGGUGAAGAGGUGCGACCCCAGCGCCGCGGAGACCCGGCACCCCAGCCCGCUCGUGCUGAAGAGGUGCCACGUCUCCACCCACCAGCACAACUACGCCGCCCAUCCAUCCAUGAGGCACGAGCAGCCGGCUGUCAAGAGGCUGAAGCUGGAGAGCAACAGCGGUGGAAGUGGCGGCCACAGCAGGGUCCUCAAACAGAUCAGCAGCAACCGCAAGUGCUCGAGCCCGCGGACGUCUGACACGGAGGACUAUGACAAGAGAAGGACUCAUAACGUUCUGGAGCGUCAGAGGAGGAACGAGCUCAAGUUGAGCUUCUUCGCCCUGCGGGACGAGAUCCCAGAGGUGGCCAACAACGAGAAGGCGGCCAAAGUGGUGAUCCUGAAGAAGGCCACAGAGUGCAUUUACAGCAUGCAGACGGACGAACAGAGACUCCUCUCGCUCAAAGAACAGCUGAGGAGGAAAAGUGAACUUUUAAAGCAGAGACUCGCGCAGCUGCAGAGCUCUCGCGCCUAAAGUUUGAAUCGUCAGACUUUUUGGCCUUUUGUUUUUUAUGCAAGUUCAAGACUUAGGGUGUACAGUUGUUGUUGAAUGCAAAGCGGAUUAAGUUGUUUGGAAUCUUGUUUGAUUUCAAUGUUGAAACUGCCUCAAUUGAAGUUAUGGGUGGAUUAAAUAUUUAAAAGUUUAUUUUUAUUAAUAAAAUAUUAAAAAAUGGAGCUAUCCUGUCGAGGGCCCAAACUAAAAUAUAAAUUUUUAUGUUUUGUAUAUAAUUAAUAUUUCCUAAGAAAAUGUAUUUUUGGAUCUCAAUUGUCUGGAUGUUCAGACUCGGUGUUUGGUUUUUUUCCAUUAUGUUCCUAGAUUCUUUUUGAAAUAUAAAAAAAUGUUUCUUCUUGAAUUUGUGUCCUUGUUCUUGCAAUGCAGACGCACACAUCGCACGUUUCAUCACAGACACAUUAACAUG